AUGGGAUAUUCAUACUACUUGAGUUUCCUGCUGUCUUUAUGCCUUUUAAGUCCUCACAAUGGGCAAAAUUUGCCAUAUAAAGCUGUGAAUUUGGGUAACUGGCUUGUUGCUGAAGGGUGGAUGAAACCUUCUCUCUUUGGAGGAAUUGUCAACAAAGAUCUCUUGGAUGGAACUAAAGUGCAAUUCAUGUCCACAAAGUUCCAGAGGUAUCUCAGCUCUGAAAAGGGGGGUGGAGCUGCUGUUUUAGCUAACCGUGAUUCAGCUUCUGGUUGGGAAACAUUCAGGUUGUGGAGGGUUAGUGAAUCAUCCUUCAAUUUGAGAGUGGCCAAGAAGAAAUUUGUGGGGCUUGAAAAUCAAGGCAAUGGAAACAAAAUUGUAGCAGUUUCAAACUCACCAAGCAAACAGGAAACGUUUGAGAUUAUAAGGAAUAAAAAUGACUCUCUCAAAAUUCGAAUCAAAGCAUCAAAUGGUUUGUUUUUACAGGUUCAAUCAGAGACAUCAGUGACUGCAGACUAUUUAGGCAUGAGUUGGGAAGACAGUGAUCCUUCAGUAUUCCGUAUGAAUAUUUUAAAUAACUCUUUACGAGGAGAGUACCAACUUACAAAUGGUUAUGGCCCAACUAGAGCUCCUCAAGUCAUGCGCGAUCACUGGAACACAUACAUAACAGAAGAUGAUUUCAAAUUCAUGUCAGCAAGUGGUUUAAAUGCAGUGAGAAUACCAGUGGGAUGGUGGAUAGCUAAAGAUCCAAACCCACCUAAGCCUUUUGUUGGAGGAUCUUUGGCAGCAUUGGACAAAGCUUUCCAAUGGGCACAAAACCAUGGCAUGAAAGUGAUCGUGGACUUGCAUAAAGUUGAAGGUUCUCAGAAUGGCAAUGCGCACAGUGGCACAAGAGAUGGAUAUUUAGAAUGGGGAGAUUCAUAUAUACCUAACACCGUCGAAGUCAUAGAGUUCUUAGCAGAAAGAUAUGGUAACAAAUCAAACCUGGGAGGAAUGGAGUUGAUGAAUGAGCCACAAGGUGUCAAUAUAGACAGCCUUAAGAACUAUUACAGAAAAGCUUAUGAUGCUGUGAGGAAGCACAGCCAAAGUGCUUAUGUGAUCAUGUCAAACCCAUUGGGUGCGGAUUCUAAAGUGCUUCUCUCAUUUGUGAAAGGGUUCAGAAGAGUUGUCAUUGAUGUGCAUUACUACAACCUCUUUUCGAAAAAAUUCGACAACAUGAAUGUUCAACAAAACAUUGACUACAUAAGAAAUCAACGAUCCAAAAAUCUUAGCGACGUCUCUUCAACGGAUGCUCUUAGUUUUGUGGGGGAAUGGACUGCUGUGUGGAGAGUAAAAAACGCAGCUAAAGAAGACUACCAAAGAUACACUCAAGCACAAUUGGAUGUGUAUUCCCGUGCAACUUUUGGAUGGGCCUAUUGGGCCUACAAAUGUGAUGGAACCUAUUGGAGUCUCAAGUGGAUGAUCCAAAAUGGCUACAUAAAACUCUAG